AUGGAACCCCAAGUACAAAAGGAUAUGGAAACCUUGCUCCAGUCCCAGCAAGGGGUCAAUGUGAAGCUGAGCAAGAUUUUGGACCUUCUGACCCAAAAUGGCUUGGCAUACCAAUCUUGCCUGAAGGUGACAGAUUUGCUUUGUCAUCCUGACAACAGAGGAGGCAGUAUGGUUCAAGCACAUGACUGUUGGAAGAAAGGGUCCCUGAUCCUUGCCAGUGGAUUGAAAGAGUCUUUGCUGCAUGCAAGUUCCAUGUGCAUUGAGAUGGGCAAAGCUGCCAAAAAGAAAGUGCAAGUGGAGAAGAACAUUGCCUUGAUGCAGAGCUCAGAGAACCUCUUGGGCCAUGUGACACAUAGUGAAAGGUACCUGACCUUGGGAAACUCACACUUCUGCAUGUUCCUGAGGGCAUGCGAACAAGGGUGUGUGUCACCAGCUGGGGAGAAAUUGGCUUUGGGAGAAGACUUAACAAAGCUGAUUGCCAAUGGAUGGGUCUGGACUGUUGUGAAAGCAGAGGUGGAGGAGGCUUUUCCUGGCUUUCCAGGAUGGGCUGCCAGUACCAUGAACUCUGCCAACUCCAACACCAAGAUGACUUCUGAGUUGGAAGCCAUGCUGGAGAUUGCCAGCCUUUUGAAGCAAGGCAGAAAGUUAGAUGAAUGUGUGAAGGCUGUCAAAGAAGGUUUGCCUACCUGUGGGGAAUACAUGGAUGACAUUGCAUACUUUGUGAAGCUGUAUUCUGGUGGGGAUGCAUUCCCAGUUCUCCUCCUCCUGAAGGAUUUUUGCUCCAAGUAUGGCCCCAGCAUUUUGGCUGGCUCAGAGAUGAUGUUCCAGCUCAGCCACUUCGAUUUCAAGAUCAAGGAGAACAAGUUGCCUAUGACCAGGGCAGCCUUGCUUUGCACAAUUUUGACUUCAAAGAGACAUGCUGAUGGCAUUAGCAAGCUGGUGUUCAAAGCAGAUUUGGACAAAAUGAAAGGAAGCUUGAAGGACAAGACUGUGAAAAUGGAAGGGCUGCUGAAAGAAGGAUGGAAGCAGGUGCAGCAGCACACUGGUGCUCAAGCCUUCAAGGCCAUGUGCUUUGGGAAAUUGUGUGUGAGAUUGGUUUUGCACCUCUUGUCCAAGGAGAAGCAUUCCAGAGAUCAUCCCUUUGAAAGUGCGCAGGCGAUUGUUGAUGAGUUUGCAAAUGACUUGCUUAAUGGGAACAUGCAAGCUUCUUCAAGUGUGGCAGCUGCAGCAAAGGCCAAGGCAGGCCCAGCUUCAGCAAAUGAGGUGAAAGACUUGCUGAAUGCCAGUGCAAAAGCUAUGGCACAGCUGGAGUGCCCCCACCUGCUGCUGGAUUGUUUCUAUGUGAACCCUACUUUGCAUGAGGAAAAGGUCUUCAAGCUGAAGAGCUGGACUGAAAGUGCUGUGGAAUUCAUCCACACACCCAUCUUUGGACCUGAGGAGUCUGAGUUGUGUGAGUUCAGCAAGCUGAAUUCUUGGAAGGCAACCAAAAAAGGCAUGCCCCAGCGAUGUACCCAAGAGAUGGCUUUGCUGAAAGCUGUUCACACCUCUGAAUGUUUCAGGGCAGACUUGAAGAAAGCAGAAGUCCAGAGCUUGCUGUUGAAGGCUUACAAAGACCAUGUGGGCACUGUGCACAAUAGCUUAGUCUUUGCCCAUAUGCCUGCACCAGCUCUGUUUUGCGAUGUGAAAGUGAAGAAGGGUGCAUUGACUUUGUAUCCUGCUGGCACCAUUCAAAGCCUGAAGGGAAAGGACUUGAAGAAGGUCAAAGGAGUUGUGGUGGAAUAUCAAAGUGAGCACUUCUUGGUGCAGCCCUACAAGGCCUUCAAGUACUUUGAUGAUGAUUCAGCAGAUGGUGCACUCAUUCCUUACAAUUUUGUUGGAAAGACAUCUGAGGAAAUGGAUGUGACCAUGGUGGUCAAGAUGGUAACCUAUGAUGGAUUGAAAAUUCCUGUGCUCACAAAUGACAAGGCUUUGACAGCAGAGUCCCAACUGCUGCAGGCAGAACCUUUGGAUGAUGAAGCCUUAAAGGCUCCUGCCUCUAAAAAGAGGAAGCAGGGCUGA